CGAACAUUGAGCGCGUCGAGCCGCCGACAGCUUUCGCUCACAAAAACCACCAUGCCCUCCAUCGCGGAGCGCAUGGCAAGCUACGCCAAGUCCCUCGCCUCGGACGGGAACGGCAACCCCACCCUCGACGCUGCAGACAUGAGCCACGCGGACGCGAUUCCUCCGACGCCCGGUCGCGGGGACGAGGAGUAUCUCUGCAACAAUUUCCGCCUGGACCCGAGCGCGGACUUCGGGAUGUGCAAGUGCGGCUACAAGAAGAUCGACCACCCCCACCCACCGACCCACGCGCCCCCUCCGCGGUUUGGCGCCGCCGGCCUCCGCCACCCGAGUUGGCUGUGGGACGAGGGGCCGGUGGCGGAGCCGGCGGACCUCAAGUCGCCGCGCAGCUACACGGACGCGCACAACAACAAGUACAACGAGCGCCUCGCCCGCGCGCGGCGAGGGUCGAUGUCUGCGCGAGGCGCGCCGCAGCCGGCGCGCGGUUCGGCUCGAGGCGCCGCAAACCGCAGCGGCGCGCCUCUGAGUGCGAGGCUGGAGGUCGCGGGGGCGACGAAGGCGCGGCAGAUGAGCGCUCUCUCCGAGGCGUCCUUUGCCUCUCCUCGCGACGGGUCGAGUGUCCUGCCAACCGACGACUCGGACACAGCGAGGAUCAACGCCGCGCGAGAGGCGGAGGCGGCGGCGCAGCAGCGGGCGGUCGACGCGGCGGCAGCGCGCAGGGCGGCGGACGCGGCGGCGAGGCAGGCGGCGGAGGCGGCGGCGGCUCGCAAGGCGGAGGAGGCGGCGGCGAGGAAGGCUGCGGAGGCGGCCGCCGCCGCGGAGGCGAAGGCGGCCGAGGAGGCGGAGCGGAAGGCGACGUUGCGCUGCGAGCUCGAGGGGCUGAAGAUGACCGAGGUGGCGAAGCGCGCGCUGCAGAUCGGCAUCAGCGAGCAGCGCGUCGACGACGCGCUCGACGCAGACACGCCGCGGUCGGCCCUCAUCGAGAUGGUCCUCACCGAGACUCCGCGCGAGCUGCCGACGCCGGCGCUGUCUGCGUGGGAGGAGGAGCGAACCUUCCCGCCGGGGAUGGCGGGGUCUCCCGUACGGUCUCCCGGCUCGGCGCGGCCGCAGUGGUUCGGCGGGAUGCUCGACCGCGCGAUGUCGAGCUUCUUCAAGUCUGACGACGAGGACGAGGCAAACGCCAGCCAGCCCACGGGCACGCGCGGCGCGGGCGGCGGCGCCGGCAAGGGCGCCGCCGGCAAGGGCGCCGCCGCCGGCCCGGCCGCCCCGCCCUCCGCCCUCGCCUGGGAGACGCCAAGAGACGUGCGGCCGGCGGGCGACAAGAGCAAAGGCAACACGCGCCAGCUCUACUCGUCACUGGACUGAGCUCCAGACUGGCAGCCGACCCCCAGCCACGGCUGACUAAGCCCUCUUCACAAACUUCUCAGCCGCGGCCCCAACCUCGAAGCGCAGCCCCGCCCCGUGUGCAUGCCAUGGUGGGUGCUUGCUGUACAACUGCUCUGUCGGUGACUCCUCCUCCCUCCCCCCCCCCCAAUGCCCAAAGCCACUCUUGGCUCUCUUGGGAGUGACCACAUAUGUCUCCCUCACAACAGCCGUUAAAAUUACCCUAUAGAC